AUGGGUUGUGCACAGUCCAGAAUAGACAAUGAAGAAUCAGUGGCGAGAUGCAAAGAAAGAAAAAAUUUAAUGAGAGAAGCGGUUGUUGCUCGUAACGCCUUCGCUGCCGGUCAUUCCGGUUACGCAAUGGCUCUCAAAAACACCGGCGCCGCUCUUUCUGACUACUCUCACGGUGAAACUCAUCUGGAAGAAAUUGAACUUCAUCCGCCGCCUAUGCAUACUUCUAACACUCCGCCUCCUCCACCGCCACCGCCGCCUCCUCCGCACAUGGAAGAGAAUCUCCCUCCUCCACCGCCUCUUCCUCCUAAUUUCUCUCCGGCAUCGCUCAAACGCGCUGUAACAUUGCCGCCUGUGGCUUUGCAGCACAGAAAACCUAGCGGUGGAGUCUCCAUUGUUGAAAAGAUGAAGGAAAAUGCGAAAAUCGAGGUAGAGGGAGAAAGAGAGAAAGACGGUGACGGAUUGGUUCACGCGCCGCCUUCUCCGCCAGGAGGUAAAGCGAAGCCUCCUCCUCCUCCGCCGGAAUCGAAAAACAUGGCUUGGGAUUAUUUCUUCAUGGAUAUGAACAUGGCAAGAGCUUCUUUGAAUGAGGAAGAUGAGAUUGAGAACGAGGAAGGUGAAAUUGAAGAUGAAAAUGUUGUUGAUAAUGGAGGACAUGUGGUGGAUGAGAUUGAACCAAAGACACCGGAGAAAGUGGAGGUUGAUGUGUAUAAUAAGGAAGAUGAGCAUAUUCAUGUUCAUGAUCAUGAGGAUGGUGUGAUGAGAGAGGCUAAACACAUUGAACAUUCUAAAACUGCUCCUGCUGAAUUUAGAAGAGCAAUUAAGUUGGUUCCCACUGUUACUCUCAUGCAGAUUCUUGGUUCCCUUGAUGAUCAUUUUCUUAAAGCUUCUGAAACUGCUCAAGAAGUUUCCAAGAUGCUUGAAGCGACUAGGUUGCAUUAUCAUUCUAAUUUUGCCGAUAAUCGGGGUCACAUUGAUCAUUCUGCCAGAGUCAUGAAAGUGAUAACAUGGAAUAGGUCUUUUAAGGGUGUGUCGGAGGGUGCUAAAGAUGACUUUGAUUCGGAAGAGUAUGAAACACAUGCCACUGUUUUGGACAAGUUGUUAGCUUGGGAAAAGAAACUCUAUGAAGAGGUUAAGCAAGGUGAGCUUAUGAAGUUUGAAUAUCAAAGAAAAGUUUCGGUUCUGAACAAGCAGAAGAAGCGUGGUGCUAGUGUUGAUUCUUUAGGAAAAACUAAAGCUGCCGUAAGUCAUUUACAUACAAGAUAUAUUGUUGAUAUGCAGUCGAUGGAUUCAACGGUUUCAGAAGUGAACCAUAUUCGCGAUGCUCAGCUGUAUCCCAAACUUAUUGCUCUUGUUAUUGAGAUGGCCAAUAUGUGGGAGAGUAUGUUCAUGCAUCAUGACAGUCAGCUAAAAAUAGUAACAGAUCUCAAAUCUCUUGAUAUUUCUCAAGAUCAGAAGGAAACAACAAAACAUCAUUAUGACCGUACCAUACAGCUUUGGAAUGUAAUCCAAGAAUGGCAGUCACAAUUUGAGAAGCUCGUGACUCAACAGAAGCAUUACAUUCAAGCUCUUAAUAGCUGGCUAAAGUUAAAUCUCAUUCCCAUCGAAAGCAACCUAAAAGAGAAAAUCUCUUCCCCGCCAAGAGCCCAGAAUCCACCCAUUCAAACCCUUCUCCAUGCAUGGCAUGAUUACCUUGACAAGCUUCCUGAUGAACUAGCGAAAUCUGCAAUUUCCUCGUUUGCGGCUGUGAUAAAGACGAUCAUACUUCAGCAGGAGGAAGAGAUGAAGUUAAAGGAGAAAUGUGAGGAAAUUCAAAAGGAAUUUUUGAAGAAAAACCAAGCUUUUCAGGAUUGGUACCAAAAGCAUUUACAAAAAAUGGGGCCAGACGAAGCAGAUAGAGGAGAGGAAGGAAAUACCAACAAUCCUGUCUCAGAGAAACAGUUUGUCGUUGAGAGCUUAAAGAAGAGAUUAGAAGAAGAAACUGAAUCGCACAAAAAGUUGUGUGUUCAGGUAAGAGAGAAGUCACUCCAGAGCCUCAAAACUCGCCUGCCUGAGCUCUUCCGUGCGCUAUCGGAUUAUACUCAUGCAUGUUCUGAUGCUUAUAAGAGGCUGAAGACAAUUGCACAAUCUCAAGGUGACAGUGCAGCGUGA